UCCGCGGCUCUGAUUGGCCAGGGAAGCAGUUCCCAGCAGGAGCGCUGGGCUCUCUACUUCUCAUUACUGUUGCUCCGAUUCACAAGCCCCAUGAUCACCGCUGGGCUCAGUGUGGCCAUCUCCUCUGCCCGGACUUGGAAUUAAUCGUACGUUAUUUAAAGCGGCGCUUCGCACCAUGGAUGCCACCAUUUACCAGAUCAUAUUUGGAGAGCUCGGGGACCUAAACUGUAGUUUGAUGGAUGCUUUUCAAGACACUUUUUUGGGAAACGCUUCAUUAUCAUUGCUGAGCACUGAUGGUUUAUAUUGCAAUGCCACAACCGAUGAGAUUGGAACCUGCUGGCCCCGGACCAGUACCGGGAGGAUUGUAGAGAGACCGUGCCCUGAGUAUAUCAAUGGGGUGAAGUACAACACAACGAGGAGUGCUUACAGGGAAUGCAUGGAUAAUGGGACGUGGGCGUUGAGGAGCAAUUAUUCCAAUUGUGAACCCAUUUUGGAGGAGAAGAGAAAAUAUCCAAUGCAUUAUAAAGUAGCGCUGAUCAUCAACUACCUAGGCCACUGUAUCUCUGUGGGAGCUCUAGUCGUGGCCUUCAUUCUCUUCUUAUGCUUAAGGAGCAUACGAUGUCUUCGAAACAUCAUCCACUGGAAUUUGAUCACCACCUUCAUACUGAGGAAUGUUAUGUGGUUUUUGCUUCAGUUGAUUGACCACAAUAUCCACGAGAGCAAUGAGCCUUGGUGUCGAUUAAUUACGACAAUAUACAACUACUUUGUGGUUACAAACUUUUUCUGGAUGUUUGUUGAAGGGUGUUACCUUCACACAGCCAUUGUAAUGACUUAUUCAACCGAUAAGCUCAGAAAGUGGGUCUUCCUUUUCAUCGGUUGGUGUAUUCCAUGCCCUAUAAUAGUAGCCUGGGCUAUUGGAAAGUUGUAUUAUGAAAAUGAACAAUGUUGGUUUGGUAAAGAACCCGGAAAAUAUGUUGACUACAUUUACCAGGGACCAGUUAUUCUUGUGCUUCUGAUAAACUUUGUUUUCCUCUUCAAUAUCGUAAGAAUUCUUAUGACCAAACUGAGAGCUUCUACCACAUCUGAAACGAUACAGUACAGAAAAGCUGUGAAAGCAACACUGGUCUUACUACCUCUGCUGGGCAUCACCUACAUGCUGUUCUUUGUGAAUCCGGGAGAGGAUGACAUCUCACAAAUUGUUUUCAUCUAUUUCAACUCCUUUUUACAGUCUUUUCAGGGGUUCUUUGUGUCAGUGUUUUACUGCUUUCUAAAUGGAGAGGUACGUUCUGCAGUGAGGAAACGGUGGCACCGCUGGCAGGACAACCACGCCCUCCGAGUGCGAGUAGCUCGAGCCAUGUCCAUCCCAACGUCUCCAACCAGGGUCAGCUUCCACAGCAUCAAACAGACCACAGCUGUGUGACGAGGGGUGGAGGGGGGGAGAGACCAGCGUAUAAUCUCCGCUACACUAAGGGAUCAGACUUUUUUCCCAGUACAAACAAUGAAUUAAAUUCAAAGAAGACACUGAUAUCCUAGAUUCUGCUAACAAAGAAACAGUGCACCGGAAGAAUCUGGGGAAAUAUUUCUUUUGCCUGUUGAGAACAAUUAGUGUCUAAAGGAGUGAAACGGACAUGACAUCCUGUACAUGAGGACCCGGGGGAUGAUUUUUCUGGAGUUUGGAGUAUUUAAAGACAUUUCAAUGGCGUCAUCAAACUGUCACAUCAAAAUAUCGACAAAAGUCCUAUCGUCUGAUCUUAAAAUGUUCUUAUCGCUAUCAUCUAACAGCUAAGUGGUAAUUAGAGGGGCAAGAUAAUCCUAAAGGAUUUGUAGCAUUAUACAUCAGCAGCUCACACACUUGUAGGCAUGCUGCUCCAUUUUUACUUAGUGGAAGCGUAACAAAGAAAACUUGCAUUUUAAUUGGA